UCUGGUUAAAUCAAUCGCUUAAGUGUCAACAUAAUUUAGCCAUCAAAGGAAAUAUAAUCAUUGGCAAAACUGUGUUUGCCCAGCAUGGAGUACCUGGACAUGGAAUCCUUUCGUUCGAAGUACAGCGACAUAACCGUGACAGCCGUGCCCACCCGUUCCGAGGAGCAAGCGAUGUCCACCGACGUGGAGAUGGCAGUCAAGCACCAGGAGCCUCGAGUGGAGAUAACCCGGGUGAGCGGAGCAUCUGGAAUCAGCUACACGGCGAAUCUAGCGAUGUUGCAGCGCAACAGGCAGCAGCAAAACGCCGCGGCUCUUGCCUAUGCCACCGAAUACAAGGAGGUGAUGGCCAAACUGGAGUACACCAAGUACAUGCAGGCACAGCUCCAGCUUAUGUCCUUGGCAAAUGGAGGGGGCAAUUUGGGAGCAGCCGGACUGGAUUGCGGUCCUUAUGGGAUGAUGCAGCCUUCUAUAAAUCUCGAUGCCAAUGCCAAUAUAGUAGACAAAUACAGCGAUCUACUAAAUAUCCUGACCGAGAUGCGGUCCAAUUUGUCGCCAACUGUGAUGGGUUUGCGGGCGCCGAAGGAGCGCCUUCAGCGGGACAUAGCCCAAGCCAGGGUGAGGGUAAGGGAGUGUCUCAUGCUCCUGGAGAAGGAUCGCUACCAGGAGACCGAGGAAAACCAGUUCGAGGGCAUCCCCACCAGUGAGUGACGUCACAUGGGGGCAGGUUAUCCAUCUCUGUAAUUUUAACGACACCUCCACGUGAAUGCGAGUGGUAUGAUAAUAAAAACAGAAACGAGAACAACAAAA